CCUCCUCCUCCUCUCCUCCAGCAGAGGAGAUUGUGGCGGCGGCUGGAGAAAGCGGCGGCGGAGGAUGGAGGAAGGAGGCGGCGGCGUACGGAAUCUGGUCCCUGGCGGGCCGGUGUUACUAGUCCUCUGCGGCCUCCUGGAAGCGUCUGGCGGCGGCCGAGCGCUCCCUCCGCUCAGCGAUGACAUCCCUUUCCGAGUCAACUGGCCGGGCACCGAGUUCUCUCUGCCCACAACUGGAGUUUUGUAUAAAGAAGAUAAUUAUGUCAUCAUGACAACUGCAGAUAAAGAAAAAUAUAAAUGCAUACUUCCCCUUGUGACAAGUGGGGAUGAGGAAGAAGAAAAGGAUUAUAAAGGCCCUAAUCCAAGAGAGCUUUUGGAACCACUAUUUAAACAAAGCAGUUGUUCCUACAGAAUUGAGUCUUAUUGGACUUACGAAGUAUGUCACGGAAAACACAUUCGGCAGUACCACGAAGAGAAAGAAACUGGUCAGAAAAUAAAUAUUCAUGAAUACUACCUUGGGAAUAUGUUGGCCAAGAACCUUCUAUUUGAAAAAGAACAAGAAGCAGAAGAAAAGGAAAAGUCAAAUGAGAUUCCCACUAAAAAUAUUGAAGGUCAGAUGACACCAUACUAUCCUGUGGGAAUGGGAAAUGGUACACCUUGUAGUUUGAAACAGAACCGGCCCAGAUCAAGUACUGUGAUGUACAUAUGUCAUCCUGAAUCUAAGCAUGAAAUUCUUUCAGUAGCUGAAGUUACAACUUGUGAAUAUGAAGUUGUCAUUUUGACACCACUGUUGUGCAGUCAUCCUAAAUAUAGGUUCAGAGCAUCUCCUGUGAAUGACAUAUUUUGUCAAUCACUGCCAGGAUCGCCAUUUAAGCCCCUCACUCUGAGGCAGUUGGAGCAGCAGGAAGAAAUACUAAGGGUGCCUUUUAGGAGAAGUAAAGAGGAAGAUUUGCCAUCAACUAAAGAAGAGAGAUUUCCAGCGAUUCACAAGCCUAUUGCUAUUGGCUCUCAGCCAAUGCUCACUGUUGGGACAACCCACAUAUCCAAACUGACAGAUGACCAACUCAUAAAAGAGUUUCUUAGUGGUUCCUACUGCUUUCAUGGGGGUGUUGGUUGGUGGAAAUAUGAAUUCUGCUAUGGCAAACAUGUACAUCAAUACCAUGAGGACAAGGAUGCAGGGAAAACCUCUGUGGUUGUCGGGACAUGGAACCAAGAUGAGCAUAUUGAAUGGGCUAAGAAGAAUACUGCUAGAGCUUAUCAUCUUCAAGAUGAUGGUACCCAGACAGUCAGGAUGGUGUCACAUUUUUAUGGAAAUGGAGAUAUUUGUGAUAUAACUGACAAACCAAGACAGGUGACUGUAAAACUAAAGUGUAAAGAAUCAGAUUCGCCUCAUGCUGUUACUGUAUAUAUGCUAGAGCCUCACUCCUGUCAAUACAUACUCGGGGUUGAAUCUCCAGUGAUCUGUAAAAUUUUAGAUACAGCAGAUGAAAAUGGACUUCUUUCUCUCCCCAACUAAGGGAUAUUAAAGUUAGGAGAAAGAAAAGAUCACUGAAAGUCAUGAUGAUUUCUGUCUGACUGCGUCUCUAUAGAGUUCUCAACCAUUGGAUCGCUUCUAAAGGAUCGUAUAAAAUGACUCUCAACCACUUUGUGAAUAUAUAUGUGUAUAUAAGAGGUUAUUGAUAAACUUCUAAGGCAGACGUUUGUCUCACUUUUUUUCAUUUUUGUUGUGUCUUAUGAACUGAUUGUUUUCUUUGCUUGGAUAGUGUGUUUCCAAAAUAAAUCUCAUCCAAGCAAGUUAGAAUCCAGUCUAAUCAAAUUAUCAUAAUUGUUGUACCUAUUGAAAGUUUUUAAAUAACAGAUUUAUUAUGUAAAUUAAAGUAUAUAUAACUAGCUAAUGAAGUAAAGAUCAUGAAGAAAGAAAUUGAUAGGUUUAAAUGAGAGACUAUGUAAAAUAUGUAAAUUCUAGUGUAAAUGAAAGGAUUUCUGAUAUCGUUUCAACAGAUUUUUAUAUAGCAGCUGCUCUCUGCAAGGUGUUAAACUAGAAACUGGGCACAUGGUAGAGGCUCACAUGGGAGUUUUCCUCACCCUUGUUAAUCUCAAGAAAUUCUUAUUUAUAAUAGGUUGCUUUUAUCUAUUUCAUUUUCCUUCUUACAAGUAUGUUUACUCUGAGAGUAUCGGAUGUAGACAGUUGGUGAUGCUUCUCUGAGACUCAGGGGGUUUACUCUAACAAAACACUGUGCUGUCUACCAAUUGUACUUGCCUACUGUAAUACAGAUUUCAGUUCUGAACAGUUUACAGCAUAGUAUUUAUUUUAAAGUGAAUAAAAUGUCCAUAAACAGUGUUGUCAUGUA